GAGAGGGUCUGUUGCAGUCAUGUCCGCUGCGAUUGCAGCUCUGGCUGCUUCGUACGGCUCGGGCUCGGGGUCCGAAUCGGACUCGGACAGCGAGGGCGGCCGGUGUCCGCUGCCGGCCGCAGACUCCCUCAUGCACCUGACCAAAUCGCCCGCAGCCAAGCCCUCCCUGGCAGUGGCGGUGGACUCGGCUCCGGAGGUGGCGGUUAAGGAAGAUUUGGAGACUGGAGUCCAUCUUGACCCUGCUGUCAAAGAAGUUCAGUAUAAUCCUACCUAUGAGACCAUGUUUGCUCCCGAGUUUGGACCGGAAAAUCCCUUUAGAACACAGCAAAUGGCUGCCCCUAGAAAUAUGCUUUCUGGAUAUGCUGAGCCAGCACAUAUCAAUGACUUUAUGUUUGAGCAGCAAAGAAGAACAUUUGCCACAUACGGCUAUGCACUGGACCCUUCACUAGAUAAUCAUCAGGUGUCUGCUAAGUAUAUUGGUUCUGUGGAAGAAGCUGAAAAGAAUCAAGGGUUAACUGUAUUUGAAACUGGUCAGAAGAAAACAGAGAAGAGGAAAAAGUUCAAAGAAAACGAUGCAUCGAAUAUUGAUGGUUUCUUGGGACCGUGGGCAAAAUAUGUAGAUGAAAAAGACGUAGCCAAACCUUCAGAAGAAGAACAAAAGGAAUUAGAUGAGAUCACAGCGAAGAGGCAGAAAAGAGGCAAACAGGAAGAGGAGAGGCCUGGGGAGGAGAAGACAAUCCUACAUGUUAAAGAAAUGUAUGACUAUCAGGGCAGGUCCUACCUUCACAUACCUCAGGAUGUUGGUGUUAAUCUGCGGUCGUCUGUGCCACCUGAAAAAUGUUAUCUUCCCAAAAAACAAAUUCAUGUGUGGUCUGGACACACAAAGGGUGUCAGUGCGGUCAGACUGUUUCCUCUUUCUGGACAUUUGUUGCUGUCUUGUUCCAUGGACUGUAAAAUUAAGCUAUGGGAAGUUUACGGAGACCGGCGCUGCCUGAGAACAUUUAUUGGUCACAGCAAAGCCGUGAGAGACAUCUGCUUCAACACUGCGGGGACACAGUUCCUCAGUGCGGCCUAUGACAGGUACCUGAAACUCUGGGACACCGAGACGGGACAGUGUAUAUCAAGAUUUACAAACCGAAAAGUACCCUAUUGUGUCAAGUUCAAUCCUGAUGAAGACAAGCAAAACCUGUUUGUGGCCGGGAUGUCUGACAAAAAGAUCGUACAGUGGGACAUUCGCAGUGGGGAGAUUGUGCAGGAAUACGAUCGGCAUUUGGGAGCUGUUAAUACUAUUGUUUUUGUGGAUGAGAAUCGAAGAUUUGUGAGUACGUCCGAUGAUAAGAGCCUACGAGUUUGGGAGUGGGAUAUCCCUGUGGAUUUUAAGUACAUAGCAGAGCCCAGCAUGCACUCCAUGCCUGCAGUGACUCUGUCUCCAAACGGGAAAUGGCUAGCAUGCCAGUCAAUGGAUAACCAAAUCUUAAUUUUUGGAGCACAGAACAGAUUCAGAUUAAAUAAGAAGAAAAUUUUUAAGGGCCAUAUGGUAGCAGGCUAUGCUUGUCAGGUGGACUUCUCGCCGGAUAUGAGCUAUGUGAUUUCAGGAGAUGGAAAUGGAAAGCUGAACAUUUGGGACUGGAAGACCACAAAGCUCUACAGCCGGUUUAAAGCCCAUGAUAAAGUGUGCAUAGGGGCCGUGUGGCACCCACAUGAGACCUCCAAGGUCGUCACCUGUGGCUGGGAUGGCCUCAUUAAAUUGUGGGAUUAGUGGCAUUAGUCCUUUCACGGUCUGGGGUCAUUUUCGAUCCAGUGUCAUAUUUAACUAUUUAAUUAUUAAAAUGUGUUGGAUGACAACUUGAUUUAUAGGUAAUCUUUUCAUAUAUGGCCUUAUGAAGUUGCCCAUGGUUUUGGUAAGAGCGUUGUAAAUUUGCCUCCUAAGUUCCUUGGCAACUUCAUCUUGUUCUUUAUAGAUGUUAUUUAUAUGAAGAAUGACAACUAACCAUAUUUGACAAGUAGUUAUUGUUGGCGGGCAGUUGGCAUUUAUCCAUCCCCAUAAUGUCACUGAAAGGAUCAUUUUUGGGAUCAGAAAAAAUGCCUGUUGGAUAUGGGAUCCUAGAGGAAAUGAUGAACUAGUGACUCAAAAAAGUGCCAGUCACUUACCAACCCAACCGAAGCGGACGGAAAGGCGGGAACAGUUUGAUAUAUACUAAAAGAAGCCUGGGGUUACUGUCCAUAGCUAUCAUUUUCACUGAAUCAAGUUCUAGUCUUUUGGCUUCACGAGUUCUGUUGUUUUUAUGGCCUGUGUUGUAUAUUUUUACUUGUAAAUGAGUGACCUGUAUUGGCCGCGAUGUUCCUCUGAGUACUAAGCAAUGUAAAAUUACAAAGCAGCCACAGUUCCUCCCUUGCCUCUUCCUGAUCAAGAUGGACAGGACCAUAUACAGCAAAGCAGAAGGGAGAUGUCUGGGAGGCGGAGCUCCAGGGGGCAGGGCAAGCCAUGGCUAUGAAUGUACUCGUAAUCACUGUCAGUAAGGACCUGGCUGCACUCUCCGAAAUCAGGGGCUCUAGGGCUCUGCCACUCAUGAAUUCCCUCUGGCCAGAGUAUGACGGCAUAAUCUAAAAUACUACCUUGUGAUUUUUCUGAAGUCAUAUUUAGUUUUUAAAAUUACUGUAAUUCUGCUUGUGAAUACAAACAGUAAUGGAUGUUAGAAAAAAUUAAACUUCCUUUCAGAUCUUUGAAAAAGACAUUGACACUAAGAUGUCUUAGUGUCCCCCCAGUUUGAGUGGCAGUAACCAUGUUUUUAAAAAAAAAAAAAAAAAAAAUCGUAUACUGAACUUUGCACUGCCAAGCCAUUGCCAUGUCUGUCUUCCAGGUAGGGUGGGAAGUCCCAACCACUGUCUGAACAAAAUGAAUUACUGAGAUGUGGUAAGAGAAAGGUAAAAGUAUUGCAUGUUACCAGUCAUACAUUUGGAAUCUCGAUUUCUCUUAUUGUGUUUUUGACUGUUUCUAAACCGAGUAUCUGUACAUAAAAGUUUUCUCCUUUUUGAAAAGAUCCUAUUUUUGAAUAAAGCAUUCUUUUUUU